CUAUAGAUUGUGCUGUCCAAAAUCCAAACCCAGAGUAAACCAAACCCCCUCCAAAACCCUCUCUCUCUCUCUCUCCAAUCUAAAAUGGCUCUGCUCCAAAUCCACUCGCCACCACCUAGCACAACCAUCCUCCCUCCAAUCCUCUCGUUUCAUUCCCCACCACAUCUUCACUCUUCUAUUCCUUACUCCAAUUUGAAAUACCACCAACAAAAUUCACUCCAUCUCACUUCCUCAACUACCAAGAACACACCUUUCUCACUCUCAACACUCCCAAGAAAGUUGCUUUGCCAGCCCCCUCGCGGCAAGUAUGUUAGAGAAGACUAUCUUGUGAAGAAGUUGUCUGCCGAGGAAAUUCAGGAGCUCGUAAAGGGGGAAAGAAGUGUACCCCUUAUUAUUGAUUUCUACGCAACAUGGUGUGGACCUUGUAUUUUGAUGGCUCAAGAACUCGAAAUGCUUGCUGUGGAGUAUGAGAACAAUGCCUUGAUUGUCAAGGUUGAUACAGAUGAUGAGUAUGAGUUUGCACGUGACAUGCAGGUACGGGGGCUGCCAACACUAUUUUUUAUCAGUCCAGAUCCAAGUAAAGAUGCAAUCCGGACUGAAGGGCUUAUUCCAAUACAGAUGAUGCGGGAUAUAAUUGAUAAUGAGAUGUGAGAGAGGGCGGGGUGGGGGGAGUGAAACAUUAUUACACCAGCAGACAGAUUUUGAGGGCCCUGGUUUUCGCCGUUGCUGAUGAUAUACCUUCCCAUGGCUAAAUUAUGUUUUGUAAUUUAUGUAACUGGGAUAUUGCCUUUGGAGUCAACAAUUUUUGUAGCUAAAAUGAUGUGCAAUAGAGGGAUAAUCACUGGUUUGAAUGUUUAGAUGCAGGAAUAUGCGUCUUAACUAGAAGGAACUCUCUUCCUGCCUAGCAAGCAGCAAGAAAACUGUUACUCACACAGGUCUCUUGAGGCCAGCGGUUUGGAAGUAAUUUGAACCAGUACAUGUGCUUUUUCUUUUC